CAAGAUAGAUUGCUUAAGAUUCCUGUCCCACUCACUCCUCUCCACUCAUCACUAGCUUCGCCAUCGCCACCCUCCCUCCUUCAAUUCAUCCACCCAAUUUUAGGGGAGGAGCAGCUCCACCACCACCCUUCACCUAGCUAUUAUUAGCCAUUCAUUUUAUUGCUCUCAUCCUACAAAAUUAAAUGGCUUCUUCCUUAAAUAUCCUCUUCAUCACUCUCCUCCUCCACCUCUCCCAAGCCAAGGGUGCAACAUUCACAUUUGUAAACAAAUGCUCACAAACAAUUUGGCCAGCAAUUCUAGGAGCUCCGCAGCUCGAAACCACAGGCUUCGAGCUCCAGAAAUCCGGUUCGCGCGCCUUCCAGGCACCAACCGGCUGGUCCGGCCGCUUCUGGGGCCGGACCGGCUGCAAUUUCGAUGAAACCGCCCACGGCUCCUGCCAAACCGGCGACUGCGGCUCCGGCCAAUUGGAGUGCAACGGCGCCGGCGCCACCGCCGCCACGCUCGCCGAAUUCACCCUCGGCUCCGGCUCCAUGGACUUCUACGAUGUCAGCCUCGUCGACGGCUACAACCUCCCGAUGCUCGUCGAGCCCGGCGCCGGCGGAUCGGGGCAGUGCGCGUCCACCGGCUGCCUCGAGGAUCUCAACCAGAGGUGCCCGGCGGAGCUGAGGGCGGGGAGCGGCGGCGCGUGCCGGAGCGCGUGCGACGUUUUCAACACGCCGGAGUACUGCUGCAAGGGCGAGUACGGAUCGCCGGCGACGUGCAAGCCGUCGGCGUACUCGCAGGCGUUCAAGAGCGCGUGCCCUAAGUCGUACAGCUACGCCUACGACGACGCCACCAGCACCUUCACCUGCACCGCCGCGGAUUACGUCAUCACCUUCUGCCCCUCCCACUCCAGCCAAAAAUCAUCAAAAUCGGAUGAUGCUGCCAGUAGCAGUACCACGACGGAUGAUUCCGGGUCGGAAACCGGAUCCGGGUCGGUGCAGGAGGCGAUUUUGGCGGACGGAUCUUGGUUGGCGGAUUUGGCAACGGGGGACUCGAGUCCUAGUGCCACACUGCAAGCAUUGCUGGCACUUAUUGUUGUACAUCUAGCUGUUUCACUUGUACUUUUUCAAUUGUAACAUUUGUUUUUUAGUGUUAGUGAUCAUAAUCGGAAAAGGAAAGCUACGAUUUAUGUCAA